UUAAGUAAUUUAUUGUUCUCUUCUGUUAUGUUCCCAAAGGUGGUGUACCUAGGCGAAGGCGCUCAGUACGUUCCGGUCCCGGCAAUAAAGCCUCGAGUACCGUUGAAUCCAAAUUUGCAAGCUCUACAAACUUUACAAGGUCUUCAGGGUAUCGGAGCGACUGGAGGCACUGGAGGCGGUGGCUCUACCACUGGGACAGGCGGAACUGCUCUUUCCAGCGAUGAUGAGUGGGGACGUCAUCCGGAAACCUGGGACAGAGAGCACCGGAGAUAUAGGCCUAAUACCACGCGUGUGCAACAUAUCGAAGCUGAAUGUCAAGAUGAUUACAUGAAAAUACGUAUCGCUUUCAAUGGAUCAUUUGCCGGACUUUUGUACUCAGCUGGUUACUCUUACGAUCCAGACUGCAUGUACGUCAACGGUACUGGAAGGGAUUACUACGAGUUUUAUAUUCAGCUUAACCGAUGUGGUACUCUUGGGGAGAACACUCAUCAUCAAGAUAGCAGGAAAAAUCCAACGAAAAAUUUGAUGUGGAAUACCGUAACAGUUCAAUACAAUCCACUCAUUGAAGAAGAGUUUGACGAGCAUUUCAAAGUAACUUGUGAAUAUGGUUACGAUUUUUGGAAAACUGUGACAUUUCCAUUUUUAGAUGUCGAAGUUGCAACAGGGAAUCCAGUUGUUUUUACAUUACAACCACCAGAAUGUUACAUGGAGAUAAGAUAUGGUUACGGAACAACUGGAACUCGAGUAGCUGGGCCUGUAAGAGUUGGCGAUCCACUUACUCUUAUCAUUUACAUGCGUAGUAAAUACGAUGGUUUCGAUAUCGUUGUUAAUGAUUGCUACGCGCACAAUGGCGGCAACAAGAGGAUCCAGCUUAUUGAUCAAUACGGAUGCCCGGUAGACGAUAAACUUAUCAGCCGGUUCCGAGGAUCUUGGUCCGAGAGCGGGCUCUUUGAGACUCAAGUCUUUGCCUACAUGAAGACGUUCAGAUUCACUGGGUCCCCGGCCUUGUACAUCGAAUGCGAUGUCAGAAUGUGUCACGGAAGAUGUCCGAGCCAACCAUGUCAUUGGAGAAACUCUAAAAAUGUUGCCAAGCGUUCUUUGGCUAUUGAUGGUCUCACUACUCCAGCUUCGAGUUUAUCCGAAAAUGUAAAUCUCUUCCAAUCGCUAAGAGUUCUUCAAGAAGGUGAAGCCGAAGCAGAAGUAUUCCAAAAUACAACAACUGCAUCUCACAGCGGAGUAAGUGAAGCAACAGGAGAUAAAGUUUGUUUACGAUCAACAGUCGUUAAUACAAUAGUAGGUUUUAGUUGUGGUUUAAUUUGCAUAAUGGCAGGUACACUUCUUGUUCUUUGUUCGAGAAUACGACGAGCAGCCAGAGAAAAGCUUCUUAGCGACAGUCUUAGUUAUAUGACUCAUAAAGGCCGAAUUAAUUAA